UCGAGAGGCCUUGUUUGCUUGGGCUAAUAGGCCGCUGGCCGUGCUCGAUGCACCUUGGAAAGUGUAGUUCAGAGCUAUUUGGAGACGGGCGUGCGAGAUUCUUCACGGCGAGCGGCCAAUGGGAAGCGUCCUUUGCCGCGAUGCUUCCUGGGAAAUGUAGUUCUGGGCGCUGCUGUCCCUGUGGGGCUCACAGACCCCCAUGGAGGUCCCGUCUCCCCAGCCCGUGAAGCAGGAAGCCCAGACGACCGAGGGCCUGACGCUGGACUCGCCAUGGCACCGCUUUCGGCACUUUCACCUGGGUGACGCGCCGGGCCCCCGUGAGGCCCUGGGCCUGCUGCGUGAGCUGUGCCGAGACUGGCUGCGGCCCGAGCUGCACACCAAGGAGCAGAUGCUGGAGCUGCUGGUGCUGGAGCAGUUUCUGAGCGCCCUGCCUGCCGACAUCCAGGCCUGGGUGUGCAGCCGGCAGCCCCAGAGCGGCGAGGAGGCCGUGGACCUGCUGGAGGAGCUCUGGGGACCAGCGAUGAGGGUACCUCAGGAUGUGACAGAAGGCUCUGGGGUGACCGUUGGCAAGGAUGAUGUGGGCAUGAUGCCCUUAGGAGAUGCAGCCCCCGGGGCUGAGGUGCUGGCGACGGGGGACGCCCAGGCCUCCCGCCCCUACAAGCAGGAGCCGGGCAGCCCUCCACCGACCCCCGCGGCGCCGCCUGCGCCCUGCCUGCCCCCCUUCAUGGCAGCGGCGGUGGCGGCGGCCCCGGGCACCACUUCCUGCCCCGAGUGCGGCAAGGCCUCCCUGAAGCCCGCCCACCUGCUGCGGCACCGGCAGAGCCACUCGGGUGAGAAGCCGCACGCCUGCCCCGAGUGCGGCAAGGCCUUCCGGCGCAAGGAGCACCUGCGGCGCCAUCGCGGCACGCACCCCGGCGGCCCCGGGCCGGCCCUGCGCCCGCUGCCUGCGCGCGAGAAGCCGCACGCCUGCUGCGAGUGCGGGAAGACCUUCUACUGGAAGAUGCUGCUGGACCUGACCAGUCCAGGCCCUAGCUGCAAGGGAGUCCAGGAGGGGGACUGUCUGGACUGUCAGGCAUCUGUGGCUAGAGGCUGGUCCCCCCCCUUCCAACACCUGUGA